UUAGGGAUGAACUGAGAAUGAAUGUCAACCAGCAACCUCACAUGGCCUCUCCUUAUGGGCAGCCUCAGCCUGGGUAUCAGGGCUACCCCCAGCCAGGAUAUGGGGGUGAUAACGUGCCAUCGGGAUAUCCGGCUCAGUAUGCACCUUAUAAUGGGCCGGGCUCUGCCUACCAACAAGGUCCACCACAAGGAUAUUCUCCUUAUGCAAGCUUUCCCUCUAAGACUCUCACAACAAACUUAGUCUCUGACCUGUCCUCCUCCUCUCCUCUUGAUCUAGGUAUGAGAGGACCCCCCACCUCAGGGGCACCACCUGUCUCAGGUGCCCAGAACUAUUCUCAGUUUGGGCAAGGAGAAACUCAGAAUGGACCACCACCAAUGGUUGCUCCACCACAGAGGCCUCCAGUUUCUCAACCUUACACUCCAGGUGCAGUGAAUCUGCCUGGUCCUCAACCCCCGUACGGCCAGCAGUACGGAGCUCCACCUGUCAGCAUGCAACAGAUGACCAAUCAGAUGGCCAGCAUGCAGGUUGGCUCCACUGCACCCUCCCCUGCAGGCCCAGGCUAUGCCCCACAGUCCUUCCCUCAAGCUCCUCCUGUCUCUCAGCCUCCUUUUUCCACAGCCCAGGUACAACCAGGUCCCACCCAGUCAUACGGACACCCACUUCCUUCAACGCAGCCCUCUUUCCCAAGACCACCACUUCCCACCUCCCAGCCCUCUGCGUUCCCUGCAGGUCCACCGCCCUCCUCGACUCCAUCUCAGCUCCCAGGUGUCAUGCAACCCCAACCGCCAGUUUCCCAACCCUCACCUUACCACUCAGGUCCCCCUCCAACCUCUACUGGGUUUCCACCACGGCCCCCCUUUCAUGGAAUGCAGGGCCUUCCUAUGACGUCACAAGGGCCUCCAAUGGCGUCACAAGGGCCUCCAAUGGCGUCACAAGGGCCUCCAAUGGCGUCACACGGGCCUCCAAUGGCGUCACACGGGCCUCCAAUGGCGUCACACGGGCCUCCAAUGGCGUCACAAGGUCCUCCAAUGGCGUCACAAGGUCCUCCAAUGGCGUCACAAGGUCCUCCAAUGGCGUCACAAGGUCCUCCAAUGGGAUCACAAGGGCCUCCAAUGGCACAGGCUAAUCAUAUACUCCCUACACAACCUGGCAUGCCACCUGGUCCUAUCAACACUUCCCUGUCAGGGCCACCACCGCAGCCUGGAAUGCAGGGAUAUCCUCCUCAGCAAAAUGGUGCUUUUGGGCAGGUCAGAGGUUCUCAGCCUGGUUACACAGGACCAUAUCCUGGGCAGCAAAACUAUGCAGCGCCAUCCACAGCACCUGCUCCAGCGCCAGCUGCCCCAAAGAGGCUUGAUCCUGAUUCUAUCCCAAGCCCGCAAGCCUCUGACAUGCCGCCUGUGCAGAAAACAAGACAUAGAAUAGACCCAGACGCAAUCCCAAGUCCAAUUCAGGUUAUCGAGGAUGACAAAGCAAACAAGGGAAGUGAACCUUUUACUACAGGGGUCAGAGGUCAAGCCCCACCUCUUGUCACCACCAAAUUCCAAGUUAAAGAUCAAGGGAAUGCUAGUCCACGCUACAUCCGUUGUACAGCCUACAACAUGCCCUGCAAUUCCGACAUGGCCAAACAGUCCCAGGUUCCCCUGGCGGCUGUCAUUAAACCCCUGGCCCAUCUGCCUCCAGAUGAGACACCACCAUAUCUCGUGGAUCAUGGAGAAAGUGGUCCCAUCCGCUGUAAUCGCUGUAAGGCCUAUAUGUGCCCGUACAUGCAGUUUAUCGAAGGUGGCCGUCGUUUCCAGUGUGGCUUCUGCAGCUGUGUCACCGAGGUGCCUCCCCAUUACUUCCAGCAUCUGGAUCACACAGGGAAGAGGGUGGACUGCUAUGAUCGUCCAGAGCUCUCGAUGGGCAGUUAUGAGUUUAUGACUACUGUGGACUAUUGUAAGAACAACAAGUUUCCUCAGCCGCCAGCCUUCAUCUUCCUGAUUGACGUGUCCUACAAUGCUGUGAAGAAUGGCAUGGUGGGAAUUGUAUGUCAGGAGCUGAAGACACUGUUGGAUUACUUGCCAAGAGAGAACCCUGAUGUGGAAUCAAACAUUCGAGUUGGCUUCGUCACCUACAAUAAAGUGCUUCAUUUCUACAAUGUGAAGGCCUCCCUUGCCCAGCCCCAGAUGAUGGUAGUGUCAGAUGUGGCUGACAUGUUUGUGCCCCUACUGGAUGGAUUUCUGGUCAAUGUCUCAGAGUCCAGGGUGGUUAUUGAGAGUUUGUUGGAUCAGAUCCCCGAGAUGUUUGCAGACACACGGGAAACGGAAACUGUGUUUGGGCCUGUCAUUCAGGCUGGGCUGGAAGCACUCAAGGCUGCAGACUGUGUUGGAAAGCUUUUUGUUUUCCACUCAUCUCUUCCCAUCGCUGAGGCUCCAGGCAAACUGAAGAACAGGGAAGAUAAGAAACUAGUUGGAACUGAUAAAGAAAAGUCAUUAUUCCAGCCCCAAGUUAGUUUUUACAACACCCUUGCCAAGGAGUGUGUUGCACAGGGUUGCUGUGUGGACCUCUUCCUCUUUCCCAACCAGUAUGUUGAUGUAGCAACAUUAGGGGUGGUCCCCACUUCAACGGGUGGCUCCAUCUACAAAUACACCUACUUCCAGGCUCCAUCUGACCAGGAGCGUUUUCUUAAUGACAUGAGGAGAGAUGUGCAGAAGCAGAUGGGCUUUGAUGCAGUGAUGAGGGUCCGCACCAGCACAGGUAUCCGGGUGACCGACUUCUUUGGUUCCUUCUUCAUGAGCAACACCACCGAUGUAGAGCUGGCAGGACUAGACUGUGACAAGACUGUAACUGUGGAGUUCAAACAUGAUGACAAGCUCAGCGAGGAAACUGGAGCUCUAAUGCAGUGUGCAGUCCUGUACACCAGCUGCAGUGGUCAGCGACGACUUCGAAUCCAUAACAUGGCAGUGAACUGCUGCUCUCAGCUGGCAGACCUGUACAGGAACUGUGAGACUGACACCAUCAUCAACUACUUUGCCAAAUAUGCGUAUCGGAGUGUACUCAGCAGUCCUACCAAGAAUGUCCGUGAUAGUCUGAUGAAUCAGUGUGCACAGAUCUUAGCCUGUUACCGCAAGAACUGUGCCAGUCCAUCUUCAGCAGGGCAGUUGAUUUUACCAGAAUGUAUGAAGUUGCUGCCUGUGUACCUGAACUGCGUGUUGAAGAGUGACGUUCUGCAGCCCGGGGCGGACGUCUCCCUGGAUGACCGUGCCUACCUGAGACAGCUGGUCAGCACUAUGGAUGUGGCCGAGAGCCAUGUGUUUUUCUACCCUUGUCUGCUUCCGCUGCAAAAGCUGGAUGUUGAGAGCAUGACUCUGCCUAUGGCAGUGAGAGACUCGGAGGAGAGACUGUCUAGGGGAGGAGUGUACCUGUUAGAGAACGGACUGAAUAUUUUCCUUUGGGUGGGGGUCAAUGCCCAACAGGAGCUGCUUCAGAACAUCUUUGGCACGCCGGCCUUCAGCCAGAUAGACUCCAACAUGACCUCUCUGCCAGCUUUGGAUAAUCCUUUUUCAAAGAGCCUAAGGGAGAUUAUUGAGUCCAUCAGGGCACAGCGCUCACGAUACAUGAAGCUCAUGGUGGUGAAACAGGAAGACAAGCUGGAGCUGAUCUUCAAGCACUUCCUGGUGGAGGAUAAGAACAACAAUGGAGGGGCCUCUUACGUGGACUUCCUGUGUCACAUGCACAAGGAGAUUCGUCAGCUCCUGAGCUAGGAGCAUCAGGUCCCCCUUCUCCUCCCUUGGCUCUGUACUCAGAAGCGCUUUAACUUUUUAUUUAACAUAAUAAACAAAAUCCCUUCUCUCCCUCAAGUAUAAUCUCAUCCACGUGACUCUUGAGGAAGAAGCCACCUUGUAAAGGAAAUGCUUGCUCUGUCAGAUUACGGUGUUAUUUUGGUUUUAGUGGUGGGAGUUAUGACCCGAAUUUCUCCUCCUCUCUUUCAAUGACAGGCUCCGGAGACUUUGUGUGUGUGUGUGUGAUCGAGAAGGAGGUAUGCUGUUCUGGGAUCAGGUUGAGAAGCCUCAAAUAGAGCUUAAACCGCUUCUUCAGAACAAAACAUCUAGCGGGUUUUAGAUUGUGUUUGACUGUGAGCGUCGAUGGUGAUUGUACUGGGUGUUCUCGUGAGAAACACUAGCACUGACUAAUAGUCUCUAGGUACCGAAGGACAGAAAAAUAACCACAUUAGAAAUUCAUCUAGACCUACUUGGAAUACAGUGAAAUGAAAUCCCUCAUCUUAUUCCAAUAUGAAUCAAAAGAUGUUUUAGAACAAGUUAGAUUCAUGUCUAUCCAAUUAUUUGUAUUUUUUUGUGUUUCCCUUUGAUUAUCUCUCUCAGCCUUGGCCUUACUGAUGCUGUCUCUCCUUUUUCAUUUGUUAUUCUGUUUAUCUUGUCUAACUUUUGUCAUUUUCACCUUUUUAAAGUGUGCAGAAAAUCUAAUAGACUAUGGGAGUUUGAAGUGUGCUGUUAAUCAUUUAAAAUUUAUUUUACUCUGAGAAAGCAUUCGAAAUAAGUCUAUGCAUCAACUUAUCUUUAAAAGAAAGAGGGAAAGCUGUUCAAGAGCAUGAGCUGAAUGCUGCACUUCUUUUUCUCCUUGCUACCACCCUCAUUCUCUAGAAGCAGCAGAUAUGUCUAAAACUGAUACGUUAGUGAUGUUUCUGCCUCCUGACGUAGAAUAUGGAUCCCUAUGGAUGCCCGGACAGGGAGUUGAAUUUCAGAUCAGCGUCUCAGGAGGAUGGGAGUUGUCAAAACCCUAUAGAUGGUUCAGUAAUUGGGCAUAUAUUACAGAAGCAUUCAGGCAUUCAUUCAGUUCCCUAUUAAAUUCUCUCUUUUUUCUUAAAUGUAUGGUCUGUUAGAAACCUGUAUACUACAUGUGUUUGUUCAUGUAUCAGAUAUGAUUUAAUAUUAUGUCCUAAAUCUGUUAAAGGAGCUGGUGGCGUCUCUCUGCUCUAGGGUAUUAAUCUUUGUGCAAUGGAAGCCUGUGCUGAGAGUGGAGUGCGGGACUCAUGUAGAAAAUGGCCAUUUUUAACCGGUUUUCCAAGUGAGCAGGUCAAGUCAAGCACAUGCGAAAUUGUGACCUUAUAAGCAAUCAACACUGAAUACCUUGUCAUCACAUUUAUUACAUGUACAGAAUUAAAAAUCACAUUUUAAAA